AUGGUUUCGACGCAGGUGAACGAGGAGGAAUUCUGCCGAACUUGCCUGGCUAAGGAGAUUGAUUUAAUUUCAAUUUAUGAAGUGUAUAUUGAGAAUAUUACUAUAGAAAACAUCAUCACAACUCUUACUGGAGUUAAGAUAGAAAGUGGUGAUGGCCUGCCGACAGUACUGUGUUAUAUGUGUAGGAAGAAAGCCACUAAAGCAUAUGACUUUAGACAACAGACCAUAGAAGCUGAUAGAAAUCUACGAAAGAAGAAGAAGAUCAACCCAAGAGACAAUAAUCAGUUUGAGAAUCCAGUCAAGUCUGAGCAAGCUGUAUCAAAUGGAGAGGAUGAUGAUUUGGAUAUUGAAUUUUUACUGGACUAUAACAAUGACCCUGACUCACCAGAAAGCAUUAAAGUGGAAACUAAAGAACUGCACAUAAAACAUAAGAAAACAGAUAAAAAAUUUGUGCCAGAUCCAAAAGAUGGUGGGACCUACUGUCCCCUAUGUGCCACGAGUUUUGGAAACGCAGACGGGUUGACAAGUCACAUGUGGGAGCACCAUGCUGAUAUAAUGGGGCCUAAAAAGAGGGGGAGACCCAAGAGGCUUGGCACAACGGCAAUAUUAAAUAAACUUUCUGAGAAUGGAGUGCAUGUGAAAUGGGUAACCGAUAUGAAGUUUGAGUGCAAUUUCUGCUCGGAGCAUUGCAAAUCUAAAGAUGACCUUGAUAAACACGUAUUGGACAGCCACACAGAUAUGAAGUUAGUUAGUUGCUUGCUCUGUAAGAAGGUGUACUCUAAACAAGAAGAUUUCAAGAAACACAAUUGUGCCUACGAUAAGAAAGAUGACAAGACCGACGCAAAUGAAGCUGUGAACGAAUCAGAAAAUGUAAAUAAGAAUCCCUUAAGCGGCGAAGUUUUGCUGCAAAGUGUUAUAUCGCAAGUUCCUGACACGGAGUGUGUCUCAGAUAUAUGUGUGUGUGAGUACUGCGGAUGUGUGUGUGCUGGUCUGGAACAUCUCGCCAGGCACAAGGAUGAUGAGCACCCCGAUCUAUCGCCUCGUUGCCAUCUCUGCUACAAGGUGUUCGCAUCACUCAAGUCAGCGGCGCGUCACCGCUCGUCAUGUAAACAACGGGAGCGCACGCUUACCUGUACGACGUGUGGUGCGCGCUUCGCCCACGAGGUGUCGCUCAACAAACACAUACUGCGCACGCACCGCGGUCAAACGGUCACCGUUCGAUUCACGCCGGAUCGUAACUCGUCGUAUCGUUGCGAUAUUUGCUCUACUAAGUUCUGUCGAAAGGAUCUUCUCGCCAGACACGUAAAGGUACACAAGCUCAGUGACAAAGUAUUCGAAUGUGACACUUGCAGUAAGGUAUUCCAUCGAAGGAGUAAUCUCAGGACGCAUAUGCGAGUGCAUGAGAACGGCGGCAAUGGCAGCAGCAGUUCGUGCUUGUGCCUCUAUUGUGGACGUGGCUUCUCCAAUUCUUCGAAUCUGAUCGUGCAUAUGCGCAGACACACCGGCGAAAAGCCAUACAAGUGUGAUUUCUGCGGUAAAGGAUUCCCACGCUCGUCGGAUCUGCAGUGUCAUAGGCGGUCGCACACUGGUGAAAAGCCUUGUGUGUGUGGCAUUUGUGGAAAAGGUUUCAGUCGCAGCAACAAGCUCUCGAGGCAUAUGCGAGUGCACACUGGGGCGAAGCCCUAUAAGUGUGUAUAUUGCGAGAAGGCGUUCUCGCAGAGCAAUGACCUCACACUGCACGUCCGCAGACACACCGGCGACAAGCCGUAUGUUUGUGAGCUUUGCGGUGACCGAUUUAUACAGGGCACAGCCCUGCAGAAUCACCGUCGCGCCCAUGGUCACUACACAGAGGCGCCUCCCGUGCCCACAGCCCCACCACCAUAUCAGCAGCAACCGCAACAUAGCCUCUUGCAGCAGCGACAUACAGUUCUCUAA